AUGGUGUCAUUUGAAGUUUACGCCACUUCACCAGAAAUCAUCAAACCAUCUUCGCCAACACCCGACCACCUUAGAUCCUUCAAACUCAGUGCUCUCGAACAGCUAGUAGACGGCAAUGUAUAUUCUCCAGUAUGGAACUUUUACCCCUCCUCCAAAGAUGAUCGCCAUAUGUCAAUGUCCAUGGAGGCCCGCUUGGUUACCCUCAAAAAUUCGUUAUCAAAAACCCUAACUCGCUUUUACCCUCUGGCGGGGAGGAUCAGUAGUGAUUCUACCACCGUUGAUUGUAAUGAUGAAGGAGCUCUAUUUAGACAAGCCAAAGUAAGUUGUGAUAUGGAUGAUUUUCUUCAACAAGUCUCUUGGGAAUUUGAGUUAUUAGACAAGUUGCUUCCGUGCCAAAUUACUAGUCCAGAGAGUGCGGAAAAGGUGGCGCAAGUAGCCAUCCAAGCCAACAUAUUCGCAUGCGGUGGUAUGGCUUUAGGGGUGUGUCUCACGUACAAACUCGUGGAUGGAACCAUUGGUGGUGCUUUCAUCAGAGCAUGGGCGGAGAUUGCUCGUACAAAUGAAUUUCAUCAAGAACAAGUGUAUGGUAUUUCUUCAUUGUUUCCGCCAAAUGAAUUUUCGUCGGCUCGUUUAGCGGACUUGCUAGCAGUAGAGUCACCAGGAGAUGGUGAAGCCAAAAGAAAUAUUAGCAUAAAAAGGUUUGUCUUUGAUGCAAGUUCCAUAUCCUCUCUCAAGUACAAGGCAAGGAGUAAAAAUAUCCCUUACCCAACACGUAUCGAAGCAAUCUGUGCACUCUUCUGGAAAUGCCUGGCUAGUACUGCUUCCACAUCUGUGUUUAUCAACUAUGUUAAUCUACGGUCAAGGUUAGAUCCUCCAUUACCCACUCUCACUCUGGGAAAUAUUUAUUGGCUAGCGGUUGCGAUAGAUGAUCAAAUUACAAAUGAGAAUGGCAAAAGGGGAGAGAAUAAGAAGGAACUACCUUACUUUGUCCCUCUUCUGAGAAAAUCCUUCAAGAGAAUUGAUUCCGACUAUUUGAAGAAUUUCCAAGGUGAACAAGGGUUCGAGCGAAUUUGUAAAUUCCACGAAGACGCAAAAGAAUUGUAUUCCAAGUCAGGAAUCGCAAUUGAGACUUCUGCUUUAAAUAUGAUGGGGUGGUAUGACGCAGAUUUUGGGUGGGGAGCGCCUUCGUGGGUGACAACCGCACCAAUAUGUAUAAAUGAAAUGCUUCUCAUUGGAACCAAAUCUGGCGACGGCAUUGAAGCAUUGGUGAUGUUGGAUGACAAUCAAGUGGCAAUAUUAGAACAUGAUCCUGAAUUCCUUGCACACACUAGGCCAGGUCAGGCAGUUGAACCUCUUGAGAGGCAAUUAAUUUCUAAUUUGUGA